UUCAAUUAUUUAAUUUUCAUAUUCAAAACUGUGACAAUGAAGUUCUGUGUUGCAUUAAUAAGUCUGCUGCUCUGCUUCAGUUUUAUUUUGGCCACACGAAGGGAAUGUCCUACUGUCUGCACAGCGGACUUUAGUCCUGUUUGUGCCGAAGGAUAUUACAAAGGAAAUUUGUUGCGUUGCCAAUUCUCCAACUCUUGCAGAGCGACAGUCAGUGGCUGUCUUAACAGAAUCGACUGGCGUCCAUCGGCUUGCUAUAAACUUUCCAAUUGUGAUGGUCUCGUUUAAUUCUCUGACACACAAAGUCAGCCAAAAGCAGUUUAUUAAAUAAUAUUAAUUAAAAAAUAGUAUGAAAUUAAAUUUGCAAUUUAAUCUAUAACUCAAACCCGAUUGAUCUUCAAUGAUUAACCUGAUUUCAGUUCAAUGACUUCAGCAAUAAAAACAGAUGUGCGAAUGAACUAAUUAAAUGAAACGUAAUAAAGAAUAUGACUUCA